AUGUCCAAAAGAAGGGUUGGUGCCGCGUCCAAGGCUAAUGGAAUGUCAAUUGGUCGUUCGAAGGAGGACAACAACUUACUGGAUGCAUUGAAACUCUACGAGGCCAAGAACUAUAAGAAGUCACUGAAGCUAGUAGAAACAACUUUGAAAAAAAACUCGCAACAUGUGGAUUCACUAGCCUUGAAGGCUUUGAACUUGUAUUGUACGGAUCAAAAAGCCGAGGCUGAGACGUAUGUGCAAAAAGCUUUGUCGAAAAGCAAUGUUGGAGGCCCAUCUCCCAUCGGCUGCCACAUUUUGGGUAUUUACAUGAGAAACGAAAAAAGAUACCCUGAAGCUGCCAACUUCUUCCAGACUUCGCUUGACACCGGAUCAACUAACAAACAGAUUUACCGAGACUUGGCCACUCUGUACUCUCAAGAGCAUGAUUACAAAAACCUGCUUAGGGCCCGGAAGGCAUACUGGGAAGAAUUUAUGGGGUACCGUGCUAACUGGACUUCGCUAGCUAUUGCACAUGAUCUUAAUGGCCAGCAGGACGAGGCUGCAAACGUUUUGACUAAGUUUGAAGAGCUUGCCAAGGGCAAGCUGGGCGAAACUGAAGCCUACGAGCACAAUGAGUGUCUCAUGUAUAAGAAUGAUUUGCUUUACAGAGCUGCCGGUGGCGAUUCAGAAAAACUCCAGCGGGUUCUCAAGCAUUUGGACGAGAUCGAGCUCGAGGUCUUUGACAAGUACGCGUGGCUCGAAAGACGUGCUGCGGUCUACUUAAAGAUGAAUGACAAACAAAAUGCCGCGAAGGUGUACAGAACCUUGAUUAAAAGAAAUCCAGACAACUUCCAAUACUACCGGUUUUUGGAGAUCGCACUUGGGAUUCAAAACGACGAAAAAUUAAAGACUUUGCUUUACAAAAACUUGCAAAAGUUUUAUCCAAGAGCGGAACCACCUAAGUUUAUUCCAUUGACUUACGUAAAAGGCGAAGCGGAAUAUGCUCAAAAGCUAUCCGCGUACCUUUUGCCACAAUUACAGCGGGGCGUCCCAGCAACCUUCGGCAACGUAAAACCCUUGUACAAAGGCGACCGCGAACGCACGCCCAGAUUGGCUGAAAAAAUCGUGCUUGAUUUUGUUGCCAGUCUAGACUCCAAUGGCUCUCCUCUCACUUACGUGUGGACAUGCUACUAUUUGUGCCAACACUACUUAUAUUCGAAAGACCUCACAAAAGCAAGAGAUUAUAUCGAUUCCGCCAUAGCCCAUACACCUACUUUGGUAGAACUCUACAUUCUCAAAGCUAGGGUUUUGAAGCAUGCUGGCUUGUUGUCCGACGCUGCCGAGACCGUUAAUGAAGGUAGAAAGCUUGACUUUCAAGAUAGGUUCAUCAACACGAAGACUGUCAAGUACUACUUGAGAGCCAACUUGAUUGAAAAAGCCGUCGAAGUUGUUUCUAUUUUCACGAAAAACGACGGAUCUGUUAAUGGUGUUAUGGACUUACACUUAAUGGAAGGCUCGUGGUAUGUUGCUGAAGAGGCUGAAUCAUAUUAUAGACUGUACCUAGAGAGCAAACAGAAGUUAGGUGUGCUGAAGGCUAGCGAGGAUCCUGCGGAGGAAGAGGCGCAGGAUGACCAUGCGACACAAAUUAGACUAUUGGCCUACCAGACCGAUAAAUUCGGUGGGUUGGCUUUGAAGAGAUGGAGCGCCAUUUCUAAAUUCUACAAACAAUUCAAGGACGAUCAACUCGACUUCCACUCUUACUGCAUGCGCAAGGGAGUACCAAGAGCAUAUCUUGAGAUGUAUCAGUGGGGGAAGUCAGUUUACACAUUGCCCAUCUAUGUUAGAGCCAUGAGGGGUGCUGCCAGACUUUACUUCUCUCUUCACGAUGAACUGCAGGCUUCGCAAGAGGACAACAAUUCUACUGAGGAAACACCCGCUGUAAAAAAAGGGAAUAAAAAGGCUAAGAAAGAAGCAGCUGCCUUUAAGAAACGCAGGGAGGACGACAAGAAAGCCGUCCUGGCAUACGAAAAGGAUGAUGACAUUUUGGGCGAGAAACUUAUCUCGACAACCACUCCCUUGCAAGAUUUCGCCGAAAAGUUUUAUCUUAACUAUGCUCGGGAAGCCACCGACUCCACUAGAGAUUACCUGCUAGAGUUUGAAUAUCAGCUAAGAUGUGGUAAGCUAUCACUUUGUCUAGGAGCGCUUGUCAAAUAUGCUGACACCCAGGGAGAAAGAAACAGUAUGGUCGGAGCAAUGCUUCUUUGCCUGUUGGACAGAAUCAAAUCAUCUCCUCAGAUUGAUGAAAUGACUAAGAAGAUCGCUUUGAAAGGCCUAGAGCGCCAUUUUACAUCGUUGCCGCUUGACCAACUGGAGAACAAGGAAUUUGACUGGAUAACUUUCUAUAGAGAAAACUACGAAGAGUUUUCACUGGGCGCCUUAUUGCUGAUCCGUCGCUCUUUGGUGCAAAUUAUAAGUCUGGAAACUGUCAAACAAUUGAUCUUAGAGAACCUGGGUUCGCAAGAGCCAGCAGUUCAAGACUCAGUGCUGAAAUAUGACCUUAACUGA